CCGUCAGUCCGACUAUAUCGGUGCCAUCUAUAUCAAGUUCCCUGUUUAUUUAGCAACGAAAUGCAAUGAAUAGUUGUAAGGCGGAAGCUUAUUGGAUCCGUGUAAGAGGAGAUGUGAAUCAUUCGUCGAUGUGGAGGAAAAUGUGAGACAAGUUUAUUCGGUUAGACGAAAGUAAUUUGUGUCGUUGAUCGAGAUCGAAUAUCGUAUUCGGUUUGAUUUAGAACCUGGAUGUUUUAAUUACAAGGGAUUUAUCGAAAUAAGGGCGACAACCAAGGAUUUUGAAAGCAAGGGGAACAGAAAAAAAAUUAAAAUCUUUCAGGAUUUGUAAAAGCUUGCAUGAGGCAAACAUGCCGGUGCACGAUGUUAAUAUUACGGACGAGGAUAAAAUGAAGGCCGAAGAAAUGAAGGAAAAGGCUAACGUUUUUUUCAAGAACGAAGAUUAUAACCAAGCCGUCACGUUUUAUUCGCAAGCCGUCGAUUUGAACCCGCACGUUGCUGCCUACUACGGCAACCGCUGCUUGGCCUAUAUCCGACUGGAAUGCUUCGGUUACGCCUUGCAGGAUGCCAACAAAGCCCUGGAAGUGGACCCGGUCUACGUGAAGGCCUACUACAGGAGGGCGUCCGCCAAUAUGGCCCUCGGAAAGUUCAAGUUGGCUCAGAAAGACUUCGAAGCCGUCGUCAAAGUGCGGCCGAACGACAAAGAUGCCAAGACGAAAUACCAAGAGUGCAGGAAGAUCGUUCAGAGGAAAGCCUUCGAGAAGGCCAUCUCUGGCGAAGAACCGAAAAGCCUGGCCGAACAGAUCGACAUAGAAUCGAUGACGAUUGAGGAUGAUUACGAUGGACCGGAGCUUGAACAAGGUAAAGUGACCUUGAAGUUUGUUAAAUACCUCAUGGACACUUUUAAAAAGCAGAAGAAACUUCACAGAAAAUACGCUUAUCAGAUCCUAGUCGAUGUGAAGGAUUUAUUCUGUAGGCUUACUUCUCUUGUUCAUAUUGAUGUCCCGGACGGAAAGAAGUUCACCAUUUGUGGUGAUAUACACGGUCAGUUUUAUGAUUUGAUGAACAUUUUUGAGUUAAAUGGCAUUCCAUCUGAAACGAACCCUUAUCUUUUUAACGGAGAUUUUGUUGAUCGGGGUUCGUUUUCCGUGGAAUGCAUUUUCACUUUGUUCAGUUUUAAAUUGCUUUAUCCCGACCACUUCCACAUGUCCCGGGGGAACCACGAGAGCUCGACCAUGAACCAAAUGUACGGCUUCGAAGGGGAAGUGAAGACGAAAUAUACACAACAAAUGGUGGACUUGUUUACCGAAGUCUUCAACUGGAUUCCGCUGUGCCAUUGUAUCAACAACAAGGUGUUGGUGAUGCACGGUGGGCUGUUCGAGGAUGAUAACGUUACGUUGGAAGACAUAAGCAAAGUAGACAGAAACAGACAGCCGCCGGAGAGCGGCAUUAUGUGCGAACUGUUGUGGUCGGACCCCCAGACGCAAUGCGGUCGCAACCCGAGCAAACGCGGGGUUGGCAUUCAGUUCGGUCCCGACGUUACCAAAAAAUUCUUGCAGCGAAACAAACUGGACUAUAUUAUACGCAGCCACGAGGUGAAAAACGAAGGUUAUGAGAUACAACACGAAGGGAAGUGCAUAACAGUUUUUUCAGCCCCGAAUUACUGUGAUACAAUGGGGAAUAAAGGUGCAUUUAUCACGCUGAAAGGGGGCGACCUCAAGCCGAAGUACUCCAGCUACGAAGCAGUUCCUCACCCAGAAGUAAAACCUAUGGCAUACGCAAGCCCACUCUUUGGUUUAUUCUAACCUAGUUUUUCAAAUUGUUAUUAUUAUUAUUAUUAUUAUUAUUAUUAUUACCAUUAAUUUUUUUUUUAUUUAAAGGCGGCGAACUGGCAGGACCGUUUAAGUGCGUCGGACAAAAUGCUUUAUCGGGUAAUUUCUUUCCGACUCUUUGACGUUUUCUGUGAGUUCACAUGCCGCUGGGGGUCCACUUUGCCUUUCGUCCUGUCGGGUAUCGAUAAAAUAAGUACCAGUCAAGUACUGGGUGUGUGUGUGGGGGGGUGUCGAUGUAAUCGACUUGUCCCCCACCACCACCACACACGCACACUCACACACAUACUUUCCCCUCAGAAUUGCUGGCCUCCGUGCCAAAGAAAAAAAAAAAGAAAGAAAAAAAGAUUUAGAAAGAAUGACUAUUAUUAUUAUUAUUAUUAUUAUUAUUUUGUUAUUUUAAAAAUUUUUUAUUUUAUUUUAUUUUUCAUUUUUUUGGCUUGUCAUUCCAUAUCAUUUCUUUAACUAAAACAUAGAACAUACUAUUAAACAAAAAAAAAAUACAACAAAAAAGAAAAGAAAAAAACAACACAAACCAACCAACCACCAACCAAAAAUUAAAAAAAAAAAAACCAAAAACUAGCCUCAAAAAAACUGUAUAUUCCAAUGGGUCUGUCUCUCUCUUUAUUCUCAGUCACUCUACCUUCUAUAUCACUUCACACUCUCACUAUCUCUCUCCCUUUCUCUCUCUCUCUUUCUUUCUCUGUAAGAAUAGGGGGGGGCAAACUCCUUCUGCAAUAAAAAAAACCCAGACCAUUUCAUGGCAGUGAUUUCAAAAAAAUGUGUUUAGAGGUCUGUCUAUCAUAUA